AAAGGCAGUACAGGGCAGUGGUGAAGAGCAACGACUUUGGACCCACCAAUUUGCUAUCUCUGUGCCCUUGGGCACCUUACUCAAUGCCAGUUCUCAGUGCCUCAGUGUCCUCACCUGUCAGAGGGGGAGGAGUGCAUACAGCGUUGUUAUGAGGAGCAAAUCAGUUAAAGUUUGUAAGAAUAGUGCCUGAUAGUAUCUGAUCAGCGCUGAAUAAAUGUUAGCAAUUGUUUGAUUCACCGCAGAGGGCGGUCUACGAGAGCGCGGAGCCCCACUCGGCCAGCGGGGCCUGGCGGGGGACCUGUCGCGCUGAAAGCUCCAGGGUAGGGCCAACGCCCAUCAGGCUGGCAUCCGUUCGGGAUGCGCAGGUUGCAGUCUGCAGCCUGCGGCGCCACGCCCAGGCGGGCGGAGCGCGGCUCCGGGAGGCGCGAGCCCGCGGUCAUGUGACACAGUGAAGAUGGCGUCGCCCAGCUGCCUGUGGCUCUUGGCUGUCGCUCUUCUGCCAUGGACUUGCGCUGCCCGGGCGUUGCAUCAUCUGGACCCGCCGGCGCCGCUGCCGUUGGUGAUCUGGCAUGGGAUGGGGUCUCAUUUUGUUGCCCAAACUGGUCUCAAACUCUUGGCCUCAAGCAACCCUCCUGCCUCGUCUUACCAAAGCGCUGGGAUGAUAGGAGACAGCUGUUGCAAUCCCUUAAGCAUGGGUGCUAUUAAAAAAAUGGUUGAGAAGAAAAUACCUGGAAUUUACGUCUUAUCUUUAGAGAUUGGGAAGACCUUGAUGGAGGACGUGGAAAACAGCUUCUUCUUGAAUGUCAAUUCCCAAGUAACAACAGUGUGUCAGACACUUGCUAAGGAUCCUAAAUUGCAGCAAGGCUACAAUGCUAUGGGAUUCUCCCAGGGAGGCCAAUUUCUGAGGGCAGUGGCUCAGAGAUGCCCUUCACCUCCCAUGAUCAAUCUGAUCUCAGUUGGGGGACAACAUCAAGGUGUUUUUGGACUCCCUCGAUGCCCAGGAGAGAGCUCUCACAUCUGUGACUUUAUCAGAAAAACACUGAAUGCUGGCGCGUACUCCAAAGUUGUUCAGGAACGCCUCGUGCAAGCCGAAUACUGGCAUGACCCCAUAAAAGAGGAUGUAUAUCGCAACCACAGCAUCUUCUUGGCAGAUAUAAAUCAGGAGCGGGGUAUCAAUGAGUCCUACAAGAAAAACCUGAUGGCCCUGAAGAAGUUUGUGAUGGUGAAAUUCCUCAAUGAUUCCAUUGUGGACCCUGUAGAUUCAGAGUGGUUUGGAUUUUACAGAAGUGGCCAAGCCAAGGAAACCAUUCCCUUACAGGAGACCUCCCUGUACACACAGGACCGCCUGGGACUAAAAGAAAUGGACAAUGCAGGACAGCUAGUGUUUCUGGCUACAGAAGGGGACCAUCUUCAGUUGUCUGAAGAAUGGUUUUAUGCCCACAUUAUACCAUUCCUUGGAUGAAACCCAUACAGUUCACAAUAGAGCUCAGGGAGCCCCUAACUCUUCCAAACCACAUGGGAGACAGUUUCCUUCAUGCCAAGCCUGAGCUCAGAUCCAGCUUGCAACUAAUCCUUCUAUCCUUAUCUAACAUGCCCUACUUGGAAAGAUCUAAGAUCUGAAGCUUAUCCUUUUCCAUCUUCUGUUACCAUAUGGUGUUGAAUGCAAGUUUAAUUACCAUGGCGAUUGUUUUAUAAACUUUUGAUGUGGACAAGCUCAGUUUUAGAAAGGGAGUCUGUUCCAGAUCAGUGCCAGAACUGUGCCCAGGCCCAAAGGAGACAACUAAUUAAAGCAAUGAGAUAGAUUCUGAGGGCAAACGUUUUUCCAAGAUCUUGCCGGAUUUCAAGCAGAGGUACCCAGGCCUGAGGUACUCACAUAAAUGCUUUGUUUUGCUGGUGAUUUAACCAGUGCUUGGAAAAAUCUUGCUUGGCUAUUUCUGCAUUUCUUAAGGCUGCCUUCCUCUCUGAAUACGUUACCCUCUGUGCUAUCAUCUUAUUAUUAGGCAAAUCCCACUGGCCUAGUCUUGCUUCUGUGGCACCCACUUUGUCUCCUCAGGUAGUGAUGAAUUAGUUGCUCUGUCACAAAAGGAGGGAAGUAGCAUCCAAUUAAGUUGCUUAAGAGAGGAAAUGUACAUCUUGUAUAACUUAGGGAGUAAAGAAAAUGUAGGCACGAAAGUGAAAAGUGAGGCAGCUAGUUCUUCCUAUUCCAUUCUUGACCAACCUGCCCUUUCUUAAUAUGACUAGUGGUCUUGAUGCUAGAGUCAACUUACUCUGUUGCUGGCUUUAGCAGAGAAUAGGAGGAACCAUAUGAAAAGAUCAGCCUUUCUGACUUCAAUCCCCAAAACAUAUUUACCAGCAUACUCCAAACUGUUUCUGAUGAGUUCUGUGAGAAAAGGAUUGUUUGCUCAAAAAGCUUGGAAAAUACUACACACUCCCUUUCUCCUUCUGGAGAUCACCCACAUUAGAGGGUCUGAGGACUCUGAGAAUUCGUGUUACAGUAAACAAAACUAACAAUCUCCCAUUUCCUACACUACUUGAGCAUGGAAAUCAUAGUCCCCACUCUGUGAAAACUUAACGCUUUUUGGAAGACAUUUCUGUAGAAUGUCAGUUUGGAGAAAUGAUGAGCUACACCUUGAUGAAAGAACCGUGUUGGUGCUGCUAAGUUUACCCAUUAUGGUUUUUCCUUUCUCUCUCUCAAGCCUUAUUCUUCAACUAAAAGAUGAGGAUUAAGAGCAAGAAGUGGGGGGGAUGUGAAAAUAAUUUUAUGAGGUUGUCUAAAAUAAAGAGUAGUUUCUUAU